ACAUGGCAACGUUGAAAGAUUAUAUUUGCUUAGUUCUAAAACGAUAGAAAACGUGGACAUAUGCGUGCAAUUUUCAUCGCCGAAGCUUUAUCUUUUUGAUUGAUAAUUGUUAUCAUAAUGCGGGAAUUUAUUUUAUACUGAUAAAACGGUAUGAUCAAAGAUUUUUAUAGCAUCUAUCUUAUCCGUUCAACCCUCCAGCCUCCCGGUUAUGUAAACAUAACCUUUAUUAUUACUAGUUGACAUAAAAAUAAUCCAAAUGGAUAGAAAGAGAAUCAUCAUCGACUGUGAUGCAGGAAUCGACGAUGCUUUGGCAUUGGUUAUACUCGCCGCGGCACACAAAGUUAAUAAGAUCGAAAUAUUAGCGAUCACAUGUGUAAACGGAAAUACAAACGUUGUCAACGUGGUCCAUAAUGUUUUUAGAACAUUGAAAGCCUGUGAUAUUGAGAACAUACCAGUUUACAAAGGAGCUCAUUCGCCACUCCUGACUCCUGCUAAUGGAAAAUCAGACGAUGCUGGACAUGUUCAUGGAAGUGAUGGUUUUGGAGAUGUAUUCGAAGAUAAACCAGAUAUAAGCAAUUUGCAAAAAGAACAUGCUGUUCAUGCUUUGUACAAAACAGUGUGCGAAAACCCAGGCGAAGUCUCAAUAAUUUGUCUGGGUCCAUUGACAAACAUAGCAUUAGCUAUUAAGCUCUAUCCCGAUUUCAUCAACAAUGUCAAGGAUUUUUAUGUGAUGGGGGGUAAUCAUACUGCUGUAGGUAACAUCACCGCACAAGCAGAAUUCAAUUUCUAUGUGGACCCAGAGAGUGUUCAUAUAUUUUUUGCUAAUAACGUUAAGCCACUUGUACUCUUACCAUGGGAAGCUUGUCUAGAGUCCCAGAUAAGCUCUGAAUGGAGAGCCAGUGUCUUUGGAAAAAUUCAAAGCCCUCAAGUUGAACUUCUAGAUGCAAUUGAACAUACUAUUUAUGAGGUUGACAAAAACUCAACUGUGAUCUACAGACCUUGCGACGCAAUUUUAGCUGGAAUAAUUGUCAGACCUGACAUGGCAUUGAAAGUAGUUAAAUGUCAUGUGGAUAUAGAAUUGAAUGGUUCGAGGACCAGAGGUCAAGUUGUUAUAGAUCACUUGGCGUGUCGUGAUCCUAAUACCGAUCUGGUAACAAAAUUCGAUUGGGAAAUAUUCAAGGAAUUAUUACUGUUUGCCGCAGACCCUAUUCACUACAAAGGAGAAAUUCUGUGCUGAGAAUUAGCAUGUUGCUUGUAUAUAAUGUCUGACAAGUCAAUGAAAAUGAAUAAAAUAUCAGCUAGAAAA